AUGUAAUAGUCAAAAUCAAAGUGAUGGUGUUAGAUAGUCCUCACGAAAACGAAUAUUAAUAAAUAAUCCAUAGUAUGACAUUAAAUAUCUAUUUAAUUCAAGCUUUAUUAUCUUGAUCAAUACUCCACAGCCUACCUCUGACAUCUUUGUAUUCAAUCACGGGCGUGGCCUAAAAAAACCCUUAUUACCACGAACUUUUAUUUCUCUCUUCACAUCUCAAAAUUGAGCAAGACUGAACCGGAAAUAACCGGAAGCCUCCACCAUGUUCAUCAAGCUCAUCUUGUUCUUUCUCCUCUCUCAAACCUUGAGAUCUUCUUCUCAGAUCCUCACCUACAAUGGCUUCAACCCUCCGACAGACAUCUCCCUCCAAGGCCUCGCCACAGUCACACCCAACGGUCUCUUGAAGCUAACCAACACCACAGUUCAAAAAACCGGUCAUGCAUUCUACACAAAACCGGUCCGGUUCAAAGACUCACCAAACGCCACCGUCUCUUCCUUCUCCACAACCUUCGUCUUCGCCAUAUACUCCCAGAUCCCAACUCUAAGCGGCCACGGGAUCGCCUUCGUCAUCUCUCCAUCCCCUGCUCUCCCUUACGCACUUCCUAGUCAAUACAUCGGUCUCUUCAACAACUCGAACAACGGCAACGACACGAACCACGUCUUCGCAGUGGAGUUCGACACGAUCCAGAGCAACGAGUUCGGAGAUCCGAAUGAUAACCACGUCGGAAUCGACAUCAACGGUUUAAGAUCGGUUAAGUACUCAACCGCUGGAUACUGGAACGAGAAUAACAAGUUUCAGAGUCUGAACUUGAUCAGCCGCAAACUGAUGCAAGUUUGGAUUAAUUACGACAAACUCAGUAAUAAAAUCGAUGUCACGAUGUCUCCGUACGGUUCCGACAAGCCUAGCAAACCGCUCAUCACUUACGUAACAGAUCUUUCUUCCGUUCUUCUCCAAGACAUGUACGUAGGCUUCGCCUCCGCGACUGGCUCCGUCAUCUCGGAGCAUUACGUAACCGGUUGGAGUUUCCGGUUAAACGGAGAAGCACCGCCGCUGACGUCAUCGAACCUCCCGAAGCUUCCUCGCUUCGAGCCGAGGCGAAUCUCUGACUUCUACAAGAUCGGCAUGCCGCUGAUCUCCCUCUUCCUGAUCUUCUCCGUGAUCUCCCUCGCCUUCUACGUCGCGAGGAGGAGGAAGAAGUUCGAGGAAGAGCUCGAUGACUGGGAAACAGAGUUCGGCAAGAACCGGUUCCGGUUCAAGGAGCUUUACCACGCGACGAAAGGGUUCAAGGAGAAGGACCUCCUCGGCUCAGGAGGGUUCGGGAGGGUUUACAGAGGGAUACUACCGACGACGAAGAUCGAAGUCGCUGUGAAGAGAGUCUCACACGAUUCUAAACAAGGUAUGAAAGAGUUCGUGGCGGAGAUUGUGAGUAUCGGUCGGAUGAGUCAUCGGAACUUGGUGCCUUUGUUGGGGUACUGUCGUAGGAGAGGAGAGCUGCUUCUUGUUUAUGAUUACAUGCCUAACGGAAGUUUAGAUAAGUAUCUAUACAAUAAUCCGGAGAGGACUUUAGAUUGGAAGCAGAGGUCGAAGAUCGUCAAAGGAGUUGCGUCUGGAUUGUUCUAUCUCCACGAGGAGUGGGAACAGGUUGUGAUUCACCGUGACGUGAAGGCUAGUAAUGUUUUGUUAGACGCUGACUUCAACGGUAGGCUCGGGGAUUUCGGGUUGGCCCGGUUGUAUGACCACGGGUCGGAUCCUCAGACCACUCAUGUUGUUGGUACGUUGGGUUACUUAGCACCUGAGCAUUCCCGGACGGGGCGGGCUACUACCGCGACCGAUGUGUAUGCGUUUGGUGCGUUUCUUCUAGAAGUUGUGUCCGGGAGAAGACCUAUUGAGCUACACAGCGAAAGCGAUGAUACGUUUUUGCUUGUGGAGUGGGUUUUCGGUUUGUGGCUAAGAGGGAACAUAAUGGAAGCGAAAGAUCCGAAUCUUGGGUGUGAUGGGUACGAUCUUGAAGAGGUUGAAAUGGUUUUGAAGCUCGGUUUGUUGUGUUCGCACUCGGAUCCUCGGGCUAGACCUAGUAUGAGGCUGGUGUUACAAUAUCUGAGAGGAGAUAUGUCUCUGCCGGAACUAACGCCGUUGGAUUUGUCGGCUGGGAAUGAGAUGAACUUGGGAGGGAGAGAGGGGUUUAGCGGUAUUGCCAUGUCGUAUUAUUCCUCAGUGUUUAAUGGGUUUACCGGUGUGUCUUCCAUCGCUGAUUCUCUACUCUCUGGUGGGAGGUGAUUGAUGAUGUUACAACAUUAGUAACGUAUGAUUAUGUAUAUACAGUUUUGCCUUUGUAUGGAGAUGUAAGAUUUUCUUACAAAAAUUUAUUAAAUAUGACUAUGAUUGUGAUAAA